AUGUCAAAAUCUGAAAAUUUAUAUACCAAGUUGCCAAAAACUGACGAUUCACGUAAUAUGCCAAACGCUACAAAAGUAGACAAGAAUUGUUAUAAUGCGUUCUGUAUGGUGGCAGGCGACCAUAUGGAUAACCCCUGGAAAUACGUUCGUCAAGACCUUUGCUAUCUCAUUUCUCAUUGGUUUGAUAUUAUCAAAUUUUUACUCGAUAAUAGUAUUUUCGGGAUACGUUUCAAUAACUCCAAAAUUCCGAAGGGAGGAAGCGAUGAGCUCGAUUUAUCAUAUUGGGAAAAUUGGAAAAGUAUGUUAUUUCAGCUAUGGUGUUUUUUCAACACGAUUCCUGCUAUUAUUCUCUAUCCAAUGAGAGAGAUGCAAUUAAAAGAAGAAGAAAGCCGUGAUCCUUUGAUAGAAGUAGAGGAGCACAAUGAUGAAAAAUGGUUUUUUAUUAACGGCGUCAUGGCAAAUAAACAUUGGUUAGAUGAAAACUGCAAACGUUUGGAGCAUCGUUUCAAUAGGGGUGUUACAGGCAUUUUUAAUAGCAGUUAUGGUAUUAUUUGGGAUACAGCUGAAACUAUCGUCUCGAGAAGCUUUGAUGAUGAAACAAUACCAGUACGUUGGGCUUCAUGGAAUAUUUUCAAAGCGCUUAAAGAUGAAAAUGUUAAAAGAGUUGUAUUGGUCGCUCAUUCUGAGGGAUCCGUCAUUACAAAUUUAGUCAUAAAAAAAUUAUACUGGGAGUUGAGCUAUUCAGAACAAGAUGAUUACAACGAACAGUUGCUUAAGAAACUUGAGGUAUAUACAUUUGCAAAUAUUUCUAGAGAGUUUAUAAAUCCAAAAGGUUUGAUUAGAUGCAUUGAACAUUAUGCAAAUGAAGAUGAUCUUAUUGCUAAGAUGGGCGUCCUUCAAGAAUCUGAAAAUCCACGUUUUCACGGGAAGAUUUUUAUUAACAAAAACGCUAGGGGCCAUCUUUUCAACAGGUAUUAUAGUCUUGAUCCUAAAGAUUAUGAGUUUUAUAAGAGACCAGAUGAAUGUUUAUUUUCCGAAUGUGAAAAGGGUGAAAACGCUCAGAAGCCCACGUUCUUAUUCAUAAAUCAUCCUAAAUUAUAA